CAAAAAAAAAAAGACUGAAAUGUGAACUCUCUCUGUCUCUGCUUUCUUCUUGACAACAGGACAAGCAGUUCAAAUGUAAUGAAUGGGAGAAAGCUUUUGAGAUUUAUUGUUAGGUUUUAGAGAAAGAGACACAGAGAGAAAAAGCGAGGGAUGUCGACGAGUUUUAGUCCUUCUCGAAGCCCUGGAGGUGGGAGUGCGAGGUUUCAGUUCGGUGGAGCUUCUCAGAGGCUAAAAUCUUUGUCGUUGAAGAAGCCACCCGAACCCCUUCGACGGGCCGUUGCCGAUUGUCUGUCCCCUUCGUCUUCUCACCAUGGGAACCUUUCCCCUGUUGCUUCUGAGGCUGCCAGAACGCUUCGGGACUAUCUGGCAGCCCCUUCAACAACUGAUCUGGCUUAUUCUAUGAUUUUAGACCAUGCACUUGCGGAGAGGGAGCGCAGCCCGGCUGUUGUUGGAAGGUGUGUGGCACUUCUGAAGCGAUAUCUUCUUCGAUAUGUACCCAAUGAGCAGACUUUGGUGCAGAUUGAUUUUUUUUGUGCAAAUUCAAUCUACGAGGGUGAUCCUAGCAUGAGCCGAAAAGUAUCACCGUGGUCAAAAUCAUUUACUCAACACUCUGGAGCAUCAGCCUCUGGAAAUGCUUUUCCUUCUUCUUUGCCAGCAUCUAGUUUUGCAUCUGGUACACUUGUGAAGUCAUUAAAUUAUGUUCGAUCUCUUGUGGCUCGACAUCUUCCAAGAAGGUCAUUCCAACCAGCAGUUUUUGCUGGGGCCUCCAUUCCAUCAAAACAGUUACUCCCAACGUUGUCUUCUUUGUUGAACAAAUCCUUUAAUUCCCAAUUAAAUCCUAUGGUUGCCAGUAGCAGGGAACCUCCUGAGACAAAAGAGGCAUCCAGUUUAUAUUCUUCAAACUUGUCAAAUCUUGAAAGUGUUGAGGGCUGGGAAGAUAUUGACUACAUUUCUGUGGAUGCCUUUAAAUGGCGGUGGCUUGGAGAACAACAAUCAUCACUAGUCGUGGCAGAAAGAGAUGGCUUUGCAAGGCCCCAAGAUGUAAGUUCGCAUGGUUUCCUGGAAGUUGGUGCCGCGGCUCUACUUGUUGGAGAUGUGGAGGCUAAAAUGAAGGCCAAACCUUCGACAGACACUCAAGAUGUACCUGAUCUUGAUCAAGUACUGAGGCCUUCGACAGUCACAACUGCCACUAAUGUUGCUUCAGCUCAUUCUCACUUGAGGGCAAUCGCUGCAUCUAAACGCUCAAAAACAGGCCCUCACUCAAUUUGGCAGGAUACCCCAGUGAGUACCUUUCGACCACGUGCUCGACCUCUUUUCCAAUACCGGCACUACAGUGAACAACAACCUUUACGAUUGAACGCUGCUGAAGUAUGUGAGGUUAUAGCUGCAGUUUGCUCGGAGACAUCUUUACCAAAUGCAAAUCCGAUGCCGGUGUCAUCUGGAUUAAGUUAUAAUACUGGAAAGCCCUCAAUGGAUGUCGCAGUCAGUGUCCUUAUAAAACUUGUUAUUGACAUGUAUGUGUUGGAUUCUCAAACUGCUGCCCCUCUCACUCUUUCUAUGCUGGAGGAUAUGCUUAGUUCUCCAAGAUUGGCUUCUAAGGUUCGUGCAUUUGAUUUAAUUCUAAACCUCGGGGUUCAUGCUCAUUUACUGGAGCCUAUGUUACCUGAUGAUCCCCCCACAAUUGAAGAAGAAUCCUCCCAAGAAGCGUAUAUUGACAAUGAAGGACAGCUUGCAGCUCAAGCAAAGAAAAAUAUAGAUUCUUCCAAGCAGAGUGGAACAGCCUCUGCCAUUGAAAAUUUUGAGUCCUGGCUUUUGAGCAUUCUGUAUGAGGUUCUUCUUCUGCUUGUACAGAUGGAAGAAAAGGAAGAAAGUGUCUGGGCAUCUGCUCUAAGUUGUUUGUUUUACUUUGUCUGUGAUAGAGGCAAAAUACGGAGGAAAAGAUUAGGUCUUGACAUAAGGGUCAUUAAGAUGCUUUUGGAGAUUAGUAGGGAGCAUUCUUGGGCGGAAGCAGUUCAUUGCAAGCUUAUUUGCAUGUUAACAAACAUGUUCUACGAGGUUCCUGAUGCGUCUGUAAAAGCUGUUUCAAGUACUCCUAUAUUUCAUGUGGAACAGAUUGAUCUACUCGGAGGAAUCGAGUUCAUUUGCCUUGAGUAUUCACGUGCAAACUCAAUGGAAGAGAAGAGAAAUCUAUUUCUGGUACUUUUUGACUAUGUUUUGUAUCAAAUAAAUGAAACAUGCUUGGCUACCGGAGGUUCCGAAUACAGCUUUGAUGAGAUUCAACCCCUAGCUGCAAUGCUUAGUCUUGCAAAUGCACCUGAAGCUUACUACAUAGCUGUUAAACAUGGAGUAGAAGGUAUAGGAGAGAUACUGAGGGGAUCAAUCUCUGCAGCUUUGUCAAGAUAUCCGAAUAGCGAGCAUCUAAAAAUGAUCUUGGAGAAGAUCAUAAAGAAAUGUGAUAAUAUUAUAAGCACAUUUACUCACUUGGAUGAUGAGUUCUCACGCAUGAUACGGGUAACAAAAUCCUACAAGCUUUUGAGAAGUAUUGAGGAUGGAGUUAUAGAAAGUGAUGCUGGCGUGAACGUGAAACUCCCAUGGGCCACUCUACAUUCUCUUCUUCACUCAAAAAUAUCUGCCUAUCGCCAAAAUGGGUAUAUCUGGUUGGUUGAAUUGCUUGUUGCAGAAAUUAGUGAGGAUAGGGAUACCAGUAUAUGGUCCAGCAUCAGGAAUUUGCAGAAGCAGAUUGGAGUUGCUGGUAGUCAAGAUUCCAUUGGUUCAGAAGUUCCUCUGCCCAUUUGGGUUAUGUAUGGUCUUCUGAAAUCAAAGCACAGCUUCAUCAGAUGGGGCUUCCUUUUUGUUCUAGAGAAGCUUCUCAUGCGGUGCAAAUUGUUGUUAGAUGAGAAAGAACUGGAGCGCUCAAACAGCAGUGAACUUCGUGCAGAUGAUCAGGGAAAUUGUCGUCUGGAGAGAGCAAAUGCAGUUAUAGAUAUAAUGAGCAGUUCGUUGUUGCUGGUCUAUCAAAUAAAUGAAACUGAUCAUAUCAACAUCUUGAAGAUGUGUGACAUGCUAUUUUCUCAGUUAUGCCUUAGACUUAUCCCUGGGAAUGCAAUGCACAUUGGCAAUCUCACAGAGCUUGGUAAAGUCUUUGGGUGCACAGAUGGCAAUGGAAAGCAUGAUGGAGAUCCACAGGUCCUUAACCAAGGAAUUAACUAUUGCAGAGACGAAUUUCUGGAAGAAAUCAACAACAAAAGUGGUCCCAAUGCUAAUCCUUCUCUAAUUUGUGAUUCGGCAUCUUUGGCAGCACUGCUUCUGCGAGGCCAGGCUCUUGUUCCCAUGCAACUUGUAGCUCGUGUUCCCACUGCUUUGUUCUACUGGCCAUUGAUUCAACUUGCUGGUGCAGCAACUGAUGAUAUUGCACUUGGUGUUGCUGUUGGUAGCAAAGGAAGGGGAAACCUACCUGGUGCCACAUCAGAUAUCCGGGCUGCCCUUCUUUUACUUUUGAUUGGGAAAUGCACUGCAGAUCCUGCUGCUUUUCUUGAAGUUGGAGGAGAGGAGUUCUUUAGGGAACUUUUAGAUGAUUCAGACUCAAGGGUGGCAUACUAUUCUUCAGCUUUUCUUUUAAAGAGAAUGAUGACAGAAGAGCCUGAAAAGUACCAGCGUAUGCUUCAAAGUCUUAUUUUUAGAGCCCAGCAGAGCAACAAUGAAAAGCUGUUAGAGAACCCGUACCUCCAGAUGCGUGGAAUACUAAAGCUGUCCGAUGAUCUUGGGACUGGAAUAUAGAUCUGACAGACUGUUUUGUGUUGACGACUGGGUUUUGCUUUUGUUGGAGGGGGGCUGCUGAGACUGUAACAUUGAGUGGCUUCAUCUUCAUUACAUAUGAUGCCACAAUGUCUCAAGUCCUUGAAUAUCUGGUGGAAAAAGUAAAACCUAUAACGAAGAGGUGGAAAAUAUUUUUGUAAGCAUGUAUAAAAUGGCUUGGAAUAAACACUUAAAUCAGGCAUGGGUUCCAGCUGCGAGUCCAAGUUAGCAGUAGACCAGAAUAUGGGAUGCAGGUGGAUUUUCUUUGGCAGUAUUUAUGGAUGGUAGGUGGGUGCUGUGUAGCCAUUCUACCGCCACUUACCUGCACCCCUAACCCACCUAACAGGAAAAAGAGAGGGGGGUGUUGGUACAGAUUCUUUGGGGAUGAUGAAGCUCAUCAAUUCCAUUCAUAUACCCAUCUAUUCCAGUUGUAUAUCAGCAUCAUUGUUUAAUAUGGGACGUGCGCCUAAGGGAUGUGGUUCAGUUGUAGGUCUAGUAUAGACUAACAUCAUCAUAGUAAGUGAGAGCCAAUGCACAAGAUGUACAGGAAAACCUUGGAGUAACCUAAUUCGUUUAUUGGUUUUUCAUUCUGCUGCCUAAUGUGGCUGUCAUAUGUGGCAAGCUGGGAGAAUCUUCAGCAGUUCUGCCUACGAAUGACGAGCUCAUGGACAACUUGAAGUGGGUUCUUUUGUGCUAGAAUUACCUGCUGGCUUCCUCUCGUUUGGUGAUCAUAAUAUCUCUUAUGAGCUGCGGUUGAUGCCAAGUUUUUUAGGAGGCAUCCUCAGAUAAUAAAAUCUUUUGUGUUGCCUUGGAUGUAGUGGAGAGACUGGAUCUUGUAUCAUUAAUUUUAAUAGGAGUGGAGAGUUGGGAAGAUUGAAUCACCAGACAAUCCAAGUCUGAUUGAUGGUAAAUGUUUCAUUUUUUGGGCUUUUUCCCCGUUAACUUUUGGUUAGUCUUUUUUUCCUACAAAAUAGUGAUCAUUGUAAAAUGGCUAUUGAGAAUUUUCCAUCAUAUUACAAGUAUUUGAUUCAGAAUCUCUUGUAAUGCAUGUAUUUUUCACCUUUUCAUCUAAUAUCGGAUUGUGUUGG